CUUCUGCUGUCUGUCACUCAGUAACUUCUCUUUCUCACUUACACACUCUCUCUCUCUCUCUCUCUCUCUUUCCAUUGCUUGACUUUUGUGGUCAGCGUAAUAAAUACAUAUAACCGCCGGAGAAAAUGGGAAGAGCGCCGUGUUGCGAGAAGGUCGGUAUUAAGAGAGGGCGGUGGACGGCGGAGGAGGACCAGAUUCUCUCCAACUACAUUCAAUCCAACGGCGAAGGAUCUUGGAGAUCUCUCCCCAAAAAUGCCGGAUUAAAAAGGUGGUCACUAAUUGCGGGUCAUCUUCCAGGGAGAACAGACAACGAAAUAAAAAAUUAUUGGAACUCUCAUCUCAGCCGUAAACUCCACAACUUCAUUAGGAAGCCGUCCAUCUCUCAAGACGUCUCCGCCGUAAUCAUGAACGCUUCUUUAGCGCCACCGCCGCCGCAGGCAAAACGUAGACUCGGGAGAACAAGUAGAUCCGCCAUGAAACCAAAAAUCCACAGAAUAAAAACUCGAAAAACAAAGAAAACGUCUGCACCGCCGGAGCCUAACGCCGACGUAGCGGUGGCUGAGGAAGGAGCAUUAAUGGUGGAGUUAAGUGGAGCCGAGGCUGAGCUAGGACCAUGUGACUACUAUGGAGAUGAUUGUAAUAAAAAUCUCAUGAGCAUUAAUGGCGAUAAUGGAGUUUUAACGUUUGAUGAUGACAUCAUCGAUCUUUUGUUGGACGAGUCAGAUCCUGGCGACUUGUACACAACGUGCGGUGGUGAUGGGGAGUUGAAUAACAUGAGAGACCCUGAAGGAGCCAGCGGGUUCUCGGAGACUUCGAACCAAGGGAAUCUCGACUGUCUUCUUCAGUCGUGUCCAUCGGUGGAGUCGUUUCUCAACUAUGACCACCAAGUUAACGAUGUGUCAACGGAUGAGUUUAUCGAUUGGGAUUGUGUUUGGCAAGAAGGUAGUGAUAAUAAUCUUUGGCAUGAGAAAGAGGGUCCCGACUCUAUGGUGUCGUGGCUUUUGGACGGUGAUGAUGAGGCCACGAUCGGGAAAAGUAAUUGUCAGAACUUCGGAGAACCGUUGGAUCAUGACGACGAAAACGCUUUGGUCGCUUGGCUUCUGUCUUGAUGAUAUUGAUUGAUCCGUUAAGUAAUCUUUUUUUGUGUGUUCACAGUUUGAAUCUAUUCCACGUCGCAUCAUAUCAUCGAUUUAUGUGCGUAUGCCUUCUCUUCGUUGUUUGGUUUGUUUUGGAAAGUUUAGGAUCUAAAUAUUAGUCCAUUAGUUAGAAUUAUAUAAUGCAAUAAAACCCAUGGGAUGUU